CGGAGGCUGCAGACUAAACCAGUCAUUACUUGUUUCAAAAGCGUUCUCUUGAUCUACACUUUCAUCUUUUGGGUGAGACACGGGAACGGCCGGGGAAUCCUGACUUAGAUGGUGGAUGUGACUCGAGCGGAGACUCUCAGAUUACUGGUGUCAUCCUUCUUGCCAUUGGCAUUUGGGGAAAGGUUAGCCUGGAAAAUUAUUUUUCCCUCUUAAAUGAGAAGGCCACCAAUGUGCCUUUUGUGCUUAUUGGCACUGGUACUGUCAUUAUUCUCUUGGGCACCUUUGGUUGUUUUGCUACCUGUCGAGCUUCUGCAUGGAUGCUGAAACUGUAUGCAAUGUUUCUGACACUCAUUUUUUUGGUCGAACUAGUUGCCGCCAUUGUAGGAUUUGUUUUCAGACAUGAGAUUAAGAACAGCUUUAAAAAUAACUAUGAAAACGCUUUGAAGGAGUACAACUCCACAAGAGACUAUAGAAGUGAAGCUGUAGACAAGAUUCAAAGUACUUUGCAUUGUUGCGGUGUCACCAAUUACAGAGAUUGGAAAGGUACUAAUUAUUACUCAGAAACAGGAUUUCCCAAAAGCUGCUGUAAACUGGAGGAUUGUUCUCCACAGAGAGAUGCAGAUAAAGUCAACGAAGAGGGUUGUUUCAUAAAGGUAAUGGCAAUUAUAGAGUCAGAAAUGGGAGUCGUUGCUGGAAUUUCUUUUGGUGUUGCUUGCUUCCAGUUAAUUGGAAUCUUUCUUGCGUACUGUCUUUCUCGUGCCAUAACAAAUAACCAGUAUGAGAUAGUAUAACCAGUAUACACACGGCCUUAUUUUUCUCCAAUUUUAAGGUUACCCUUGUGAGUUUUACCAUUGCUUGGAUGGAGACUGACUUCUUAUUAGCUUGAAAAAAUGCUCCAGAAGACUGAUUCAAGAUAUUUGUGUAUUGUGUUCAAUGUCCAUUUCUGUCUUAUUGGUGUACCCCUGUAUCUCUGAAACACUGGAAAAGCUAGUAAAUUGUAAAUGAAAUAAUA